AUGAUCAGCCAAACGUCGGAUAUAUCACGAGCAUUAGAGGUUGAGAUACCUUUAGUGCUUAAUGCACACGUGGAUCGUUGUGCAUCGUCUUGUACCAAUCGUUGUUCAUGUAGUUUGGUUCAGAAUGAGGCUGUUCUGUAUGGUAACUUUCAUGAUCCGAAGGUUGCUAUUUUCUGUAUGCAUGCCUUUGAAAAUGGUAUUUUUCAGUGUAUCAAAUCUCGGGUGAUACAGCUACGUGUUCGCCGAAAAAAUGAUAUGCGAACUCCAGCGCUGGUACUGGUACUGCUAAUGAUGGGAUUAGGGAAGGAGAAAGAGGAAGAAGAAGAGGAGAUGAGGAAAGGGGAGGGGGAAAGAACGAUGAUGAUGGUUAUGACAGUGAUGAUACACAGAGGAUGGAAGUGA